GUACCAUGGCAUGUUUUGUUUAUUGCUCUUUCUCUUUCUUAUUCUCUAUUAAGGUUAUAAAGCCAUAUUUGGAAGCAAUGUUAAAUAGCUUACAGUGCUACACAUUAUCUCCAUAUACGGCACACCAGUAUUGUUUUUAGUAAAACUCUCUCAUUUCUUUCAGUUGCAGAGACUGCAGUUGAAAUUAAGUCAUCGGUUUUAAAUAAGAUUAUUUCUAAAGAUAAACAACCCUAUGGUAUUAAAAUGGAAAGAAUUUCAAAGGAUGACCUCUGGUAUUUGUCAUUAGAAGAAGUCUGGAAAUGUGAUGACCAGCUAAACAAAUAUCACGAAAACCAGGAGAGACAUUUGAGACAAGUGGCAUAUACUGAAAAGAAAGUAUUCAAUCAUGAGAGAAUCUGUGAAAAUGAUAAAUAUGGGGAAAAUGGUCUUCUUCCUGCUCAGCUAGUACUGCGAGAGUAUUUCCAUAAACAUGACUCAAGCACUAAAAGCUUACAACAUGAUUUAGUUCUUACUGGCCGUCAGGAAAACUAUGAAAGUAAUAGUAAUGCAUGUGAUCAAACUUUCUGUCAGAAUAUUCACCUUAUUCAAUUUUCAAGACCUCAAAUUGGGGAUAAAUCAUACAAACGUCCUGUUGAUGAUAAUUCUCUUACUCGUGGUACGUCUCUUGGUACAUCAAAGGGUAUACAUAAAGAGAAGCCCUAUGAAUGUAAGGAAUGUGGAAAAUUCUUCAGUUGGCGCUCUAACCUUACCAGGCACAGACUUAUUCAUACUGGAGAAAAACCGUAUGAAUGUAAGGAAUGUGGAAAAUCUUUCAGCCGGAGUUCUCACCUCAUUGGACAUCAAAAGACUCAUACUGGUGAGGAGCCGUAUGAGUGUAAAGAGUGUGGAAAAUCUUUCAGCUGGUUCUCUCACCUUGUUACUCAUCAGCGAACUCAUACUGGAGACAAAUUGUACACAUGUAAUCAGUGUGGAAAAUCUUUCGUUCAUAGUUCUAGGCUUAUUAGGCACCAAAGAACUCAUACUGGAGAAAAACCUUACGAAUGCCCUGAAUGUGGAAAAUCUUUCAGACAGAGCACACAUCUCAUUCUGCAUCAGAGAACUCAUGUUAGAGUAAGGCCCUAUGAAUGUACUGAAUGUGGGAAGUCUUACAGCCAGCGAUCUCAUCUUGUUGUACAUCAUAGAACUCACACUGGACUAAAACCCUUUGAGUGUAAAGAUUGUGGAAAAUGCUUUAGUCGAAGUUCUCACCUUUUCUCACAUCAGAGAACCCAUACAGGAGAGAAACCAUAUGAAUGCCAUGAUUGUGGGAAAUCUUUUAGUCAGAGUUCUGCCCUCAUUGUUCACCAGAGAAUUCAUACCGGGGAGAAACCAUAUGAAUGUAGUCAUUGUAGAAAGGCCUUUAUUCGGAAGAAUGACCUUAUGAAACAUCAGAGAAUUCACAUGGGAGAAGAGACCUAUAAAUGUAAUCACUGUGGACUUAUCUUCAGCCAGAGUUCUCCAUUUAUAAUACAUCAAAUAGCUCAUACUGGAGAGCAGUUCUUAACUUGUAAUCACUGUGGGUCAACACUUGUUAGUAGCUCUAACACUAAUAGGUAUGAGACAAAUCAUAUUAGAGAAAAUUCUUAGUAAUAUGAUGAUUAUGGGAAUUUCUUCAACAACAACAACUACUUUGUAUUGAGAAAUUCCUUUUGUAUAGAAAAUGUACAGAUGUAAUCAUUAUUUAUAUACCUUCAAUUCUGUGACUACCCUUUGAUGCAUUAGAGAAUUGGCCCUGGGAUGGGUAUUUACAAAUUUUAUUUUAAUAAGCCAAUACACCACAGUCCUUUUCUCCACAUUCCUAUAUAUGUAAUUGACCUAGUAACUUUCUUUGUGUGUGUGUAUGUGUGGGGUAGGGGUACAUCCUGUGGUGCUCAGUCGCUAUUUCUAGCGUACUGUUCUGGAAUCAUCCCUGGGAGUGCUUUGUAACCAAGCAAUAUUGGGAAUCAAACUUUGGGCUUCCAUAUAUAAAGCUUGCACUUCACCCUUUAUGCUAUUUUUUUUUCCUCUGGGAGCUUUACUGACCCAAAUGCUAAAAUCUGAGAUGAAGCCACUAGAUAGAUGAUCUGAUGAGUGUUGACCUAAACUUGAAGUAUAAAUGAGAAGUUCCAGGGUUGUAGUUCAGCAGUAGAGCUACUUGUCUUGCAUUUGUGAGGCCCUAUUGUUGAUCACUGACACUACACAAAAAAGGAGAAUUCUGCUUAAAAAAUAAAAACAAGGUUUGAGAAAUGGAUAUAGUGGUUAUGCUUUUAACAUUGGAGAAACAUUUGAAUAAAUUAUGCCAUUUUAAAUUUUUCUUGCACACUUAGGAGUUCAAUCUUUUAUAUGCAUUUGUAAACUACAUUUUGGUUAACAUCAGAGAAAAUAAAGUAGAUCAAGAUCAACAU